AUGCACAUCAGCGAGGCGUUUGAUAGAGAGGCGCUCUCGGAGAAAGCCUGGCAGUUGCGCUGCAAACUGCUUCCUCGCAAGGAAGAUGCCGGUCGGCCCAUCGAAGACAUUGAAGGAAGCCUUUCCGAUGAAGACCCCAAAAAACAGCCAGCCAAGAACUCGACAUUUGGUGUCGAUGCCACUGUCAAGACCCUCUAUGAGGGCAAGAACAGCUGCAACGGUAUCUACGACUGGGUCGACUUCCCUCCCAAACAGAUGAGCAAGAAAGUGGCAGAGAGCCAGGACCGUCCCGCCAUCAAGGUCUACAAGAUCAAGGAUAUCGAGAAGCCCAUCAUCGGGGGCCGCUUCUCCUUGACCUACCACCAAAUCAGCAUCCAGAACCCGACGCUCGUCGCUGCCCUGGAACCAAUUCUUAAGAAGGAGGAUUUCCACAUCGACCCCAACGACACGGCGACCUUUGAGGCUCCCUUCCGCCCGUUGUUCUUCUGCUACGACGAAAUCUUGGAGCUGUACAAGACGACCGACGACAGCUCGCUCAAAGGCUAUCUGCAACUCCUGGUGCGGACUCUGGAUGACAUGCUCGGCGAGACGCGCGAAAAGAAACGGAAGUUACAAGCUAGCGGGCUGAUCAACUUCAAGAUGGCGUGGACCUACCUCCCGAGAGGCUCCAUCAUCUACAGCAAUGCCUGCAACACGGAGAUGCUGUGCAAGGUCGAGGACACGGCGUACGAAAGGGUUGACAACGUUUUGGUUCUUAGCAUCAACUGCAAGAUCCUCACAUUCAAUGGCGAGAGUUUUGUCUGGGACGACCACAAGCUCCAGAUCCCAAGGUUUUCCGGAAACAAGCCCAUUCGCGACCUCGACCACUACCCCCUGCAGUUCCACGAGAACAAAGAGGAUAUCCUGCAGCGAACGCUCGCCAGAGGUAAGAGGGUUCUGGAUCUCCAGGGAUUGACGUACUGCACCUACAAUGGCAUUGCGGUUAGUAAGAAGAGCAAGUACAACGUGGAGGGCAGGAUUCUCAUCGAUGUUGUUGGUUACAACAAGUACGAACGGACUCAGGGGAAGAGGGAACAGGACGACGCUAAUACGCGUCGAAACCGCGUCAACCAAAAUCAACACAACCUUCGGUGCAACGAGGUUGCCGAUGAUGCGGAAGACUCUGAGCCUAAAAAGGCCGACGCCCACAUCGACAAGCAUCUCGGCGCAAAGGAGCAACGGAAGAACAAGGAGGAUAUGCUUGACCGGGAGGAUGACCUGGUGUUUAUGUCUCCCUUGAUUGAAGGGUUCGCCUUGAAGAACAAAGUCUGGUUGGCAUUUUACGUGGAAGACAUUGAGCCAAUUGUAUGGAACGACAAGGCCUACGAUCAUUUGGUCUACGACGAGCAGCAGAAGGAUCUCGUCUUGUCGUUUGUCGAGAACCACGGACUCGCUAACAAGAAUGCAAUGGAAGAUGUCAUCGUGGGCAAGGGACAGGGUCUCAUCAUCCUGCUCAGCGGCCCACCCGGCACCGGCAAAACCCUCACCGCAGAGGCCGUCGCUGACCGGACUCAUCGUCCGUUGUUCUACCUGCAAGCCGAGGACCUAGGCAUUAAUCCCUCGACUCUGGGCGAGAAAGUCAAGCGGGUGUUCGAGAUGGCUACUGAAUGGAACGCCGUCAUCCUGCUCGACGAGGCCGACGUGUUCAUGGCUGAGCGGAACCCCAAUGACAUUGCGCGUAACGAGCUGGUGUCCAUCUUCCUGCGCGAGCUGGAGUACUUCAGAGGCAUCAUCUUCCUGACAACGAAUCUGUACAACACCAUCGACACGGCGUUCCGGAGCAGAGUGAGUCUGCACCUGUUGUUCAAGGCGUUGAGCCCCGAUGCGCGCGAGCUCAUCUGGCGCAAGUUCUUGGGUAGACUCCCGCAAAUCGGGCCAGUCGGAACCACGGCAGGCGAGGUCGGUCUGCUUUCGGACGAAGAUAUGAAGGAGCUGGGGCAAUGGCAGUUGAAUGGUCGCGAGAUCAAGACGGCCGUCAAGAUGGUCUCCAAGUGGUGCGAUCACAAGAACUACGAGAUGAACCUGGCAAGGUUGGAGAACGGCAUCAGGGUGACGAGUCCCCAUGCCUCCAAGCAUAAGCAUGCGGAGGAUGAUGACGAUCUCUACAACUGA